GCGCAGUUUGCGCUGUGGCAGAGUCGACACAAUGAAUUCGAAAUCGAUUGCAAAUCUCGAAUCUCGCGCUGUAGUUAGCGUAGAAUCUCAAGGCUAGUGGAACGAAGUGGGAACAAGAUGUUCUGCUUCCGUAGGUAUCCUGGGGCACCUGGGGCUCCACAUGCUCCACCUGCAGAGGGUCUCAAAAUCUCACCACUCACGCGGCCGAGCAGCAUGUUGGCUGCGGCACCGUGUUCCUUGCUCGGGCCAGCGGGAGCAGCUGUCAGAGCGUUUCAAUUUUGCCGUACCGUCGCCGUACUCUGUGAACCUCGUGCGCUGCCGUGUCAAAUUGACGAUGCUGUGAAGAGAUGCUGUGAAGAGUCGCUGUUGAUUUGCUAUUUGGCUCAAGUAGACGCGACCGACUGAUCUCCUUACUUUGAGCUGAGCUGUGACUCCGCCACCGGACAAAAAGGCUGGUAGACAUUGCUUCGCGGGCC